AUGUGCUUCAGAUCUUGGUCGUUGCACGAAUAUCCCAAUUUACCGAAAUCGAAAAUGCAAGUUUGGCCCAUCAAAAUAGCAACGCAACUGGAAAAACCAAGAUAUGUGAUAUUUGCGUUGCAAAGAAAUCGAAAGGAAAACGUGAAGAAUCACGCGAGUUAUUUCGAUCAUUGGAAUUUACGCAACGUUAAGAUGUUUCUGAACAGCGAUUUAUAUCCAUAUGAUAAUCUAAACGUAAGCUAUAAAAAUGAACAAUUCGCUCUGCUCUACAAUAUGUAUGCUAAGUUCCAGAAUUCGUAUUAUGGAACUGAGAAUAGACCGAUUCUGGAUAUGCAAACAUACAUCAAGGAUGAGCCAAUAAUAGUGAUAGAUUGUUCGCGACAAAAUGAAUCUAUAAAAAGUGCUUCAGUGGACAUACGAAUAGAAUUUGAGAGCGAAACGGAUAUAGAGGAUUGCAUGGCUGCAUAUUGUCUCAUACUGCACGAUCGAAUCGUCGAGUACACACCUCUAACGAACGUCGUUCGAAAAUUGCUGUAA